AUGCUGACGGCGGUCUGCGGCUCCCUGGGAUCCCAGCCCUCGGACGCGCCCCGCGCCUCCCCGACCCACCUGGACCUGCAGCCGCUCCAGCCCUUCCAGCCGCACGCCCCCGCCGCCCCGGGAGCCCCCGACUUCGCCUCCCCGCUGCCCCCGCCGGAGCUGCCGCUGCCGGGGCCCGACGACUCCGCCUUCGCCGCCCCCGGCGCCUACGAGCCCCAUGGCCCCCCGAGGUUAGAGCUGCCCCCCGACGGCCCCGCCGCCCCCGGCGCCUACGCCAAGCUGCUGCCGGCCCCCCCGGACAUGGCGCACCCCUACGAGCCCUGGUUUCGGCCCCCCCACCCCGGCGCCCCCGGCGAGGAAGGAGGGGGCGUCAACUGGUGGGACCUCCACGCCGGGGCCAGCUGGAUGGAGCUGCCCCCCGGGCAGGGCGGGGGGCUGCAGGUGCCCGCGCACCCGGGGCUGCCGCCGGCCCUGGGCGGGUACGGCCCCGGGGGGGAGCACCAGCUCUGCGCGCCCCCCGCCCACCUCCUGCCGCCGCCGGCGCAGCAUCUCCUGGGCGCCGAGGGGGCGAAGGCGCUGGAGGGUCCCCCGGAGCCGCAGGCGGAGGGCGGGGGGCGUCCCAAAGGCGCCCGGCGGGCCGUGCCCAGGGGCGGGGGGCAGGCGGCGUGUCGCUGCCCCAACUGCCAGGAGGCCGAGAGGGGCGGCCCGUGCCCCGAGGGGGCGAAGCGCAAGCACCUGCACAACUGCCACAUCCCGGGCUGCGGGAAGGCGUACGCCAAGACCUCCCACCUGAAAGCCCACCUGCGCUGGCACAGCGGCGACCGGCCCUUCGUGUGCAACUGGCUCUUCUGCGGCAAGCGCUUCACCCGCUCCGACGAGCUGCAGCGGCACCUCCAGACCCACACCGGCGCCAAGAAGUUCGCCUGCCCCGUCUGCGGCCGCGUCUUCAUGCGCAGCGACCACCUGGGCAAGCACAUGAAGACCCACGACGGGGGCAAGGACGGGGGCGAGCCCGACGGCGGGAAGGGCGCCGGGGACCCGUCGGCCGCCAAGGGAGGAGGCAAGAGGGAGCCCGAGGGGGGCAACGCCGCCGCCCCCACAAACUGAGCCGCUGAGCCCCGGGGGGGGGGGGC